AUGAUUCCUUGUUUCUUUUUUGAAGUGGUUGAUACUUUUCUUUCUUUCCCUGUGUCUGAUAACGUCAGUCUGAUUUCUACUCUUCUUUUUCUUUUUCUUCCUCGACCUUCUUUCUUUCUUUCUUUCUUUCGUAUUUUCUCUUUUCAACAUCUUUCUCUCUUUCUCCUAUUUUCUGUUUUUCUUCUCAUUUUUCUUCGUUCUUCCAUUACCUCUAUUUGUUUUUCUUCUAUCUCUUCUACUUUUUCUUUCUUUCUUUCUUUCUUUCUUUCUUUCUUUCUUUCUUUCUUUCGUAUUUUCUCUUUUCAACAUCUUUCUCUCUUUCUCCUAUUUUCUGUUUUUCUUCUCAUUUUUUCUUCGUUCUUCCAUUACCUCUAUUUGUUUUUUUUUCUAUCUUCUAACUUUUUCUUCUUCUUUCUUUUCUUUCUUUCUUUUUUUCUUUUCUCUUUUCAACAUCUCUUCUUUCUCCUAUUUUCGGUUUUUCUUCUCAUUUUCUUCCUUUCUUCCAUUCUUUCUAUUUGUUUUUUUUUUUUUUUCUUUUCUUUCUUUCUUUUCUUUUCUUUCUUUCUUUCUUUUCGUAUUUUAUCUUUUCAACAUCUUUCUCUCUUUCUUCUAUUUUCUGUUUUUCUUCUCAUUUUUCUUCGUUCUUCCAUUACCUCUAUUUGUUUUUCUUCUAUCUCUUCUACUUUUUCUUUCUUUCUUUCUUUCUUUCUUUCUUUCUUUCUUUCUUUCUUAUUUUAUCUUUUCAACAUCUUUCUCUCUUUCUCCUAUUUUCUGUUUUUCUUCUCAUUUUUCUUCGUUCUUCCAUUACCUCUAUUUGUUUUUCUUCUAUCUCUUCUACUUUUUCUUUCUUUCUUUCUUUCUUUCUUUCGUAUUUUCUCUUUUCAACAUCUUUCUCUCUUUCUCCUAUUUUCUGUUUUUCUUCUCAUUUUUCUUCGUUCUUCCAUUACCUCUAUUUUUUUUCUUCUAUCUUCUACUUUUCUUUUCUUUUUUCUUUCUUUCUUUCUUUCUUUUUCUUUCUUUCUUUUCUUUCUUUUCUUUCGUAUUUUCUCUUUUCAACAUCUUUCUCUCUUUCUCCUAUUUUCUGUUUUUCUUCUCAUUUUUCUUCGUUCUUCCAUUACCUCUAUUUGUUUUUCUUCUAUCUCUUCUACUUUUUCUUUCUUUUCUUUCUUUCUUUCUUUCUUUCUUUCUUUCUUUCUUUCUUUCUUUCGUAUUUUCUCUUUUCAACAUCUUUCUCUCUUUCUCCUAUUUUCUGUUUUUCUUCUCAUUUUUCUUCGUUCUUCCAUUACCUCUAUUUGUUUUUCUUCUAUCUCUUCUACUUUUUCUUUCUUUCUUUCUUUCUUUUUUCUUUCUUUCUUUUUUUUUUCUUUUCAACAUUUUUUCUUUCUUUUCUUUUUCUUCUUUUUUUUUCAACCUCUAUCUUUCUCUUUCUUCCUAUUUUCUGUUUUUUUCUUCUCAUUUUUCUUUUUCGUAUUUUCUUCCAUUUUCUCCUAUUUUUCAUUUUUCUUCUCAUUUUCUUCUUCUUCCAUACCUUUUUGUUUUUCUUCUAUUUCUUCUACUUUUCUUUCUUUCUUUCUUUCUUUUCUUCCUUUCUUUCUUUCUUUCUUUCUUUCUUUCUUUUCUUUCUUUCUUUUCUUUCGUAUUUUCUCUUUUCAACAUCUUUCUCUUUUCUCCUAUUUUCUGUUUUUUCUUCUCAUUUUUCUUCGUUCUUCGUUUUUCUCUUCUAUCAUUUUCUUUCUUUCUUUCUUUUCUUUCUUUCUUUCUUUCUUUCUUUUCUUUCUUUCUUUCGUAUUUUCUCUCUUUCAACAUCUUUCUCUCUUUCUCCUAUUUUUCUGUUUUUCUUCUCAUUUUUUCUUCGUUCUUCCAUCCUGUAUUUGUUUUUUCUUCUAUCUUUUUUUUUUUCUUUCUUUUCUUUCUUUCUUUCUUUUCUUUCUUUCUUUUUUUUUCUUUCAACAUCUUUCUCUCUUUCUCCUUUUUUCUGUUUUCUUCUCAUUUUCUUCGUUCUUCCAUUACCUCUAUUUUUUUUUUCUUCUAUCUCUUCUAUUUUUCUUUCUUUUCUUUCUUUCUUUAAAUUCUUUCCCUUCUUUCUUUUCUUUCUUUCUUUUCGUAUUUUCUCUUUUCAACAUCUUUCUCUCUUUCUCCCUAUUUACUGUUUUUCUUCUCAUUUUUUCUUCGUUCUUCCAUUACCUCUUUUGUUUUUUCUUCUAUCUCUUCUUUUCUUUUUUCUUUCUUUCUUUCUUUCUUUCUUUCUUUCUUUCUUUCAUAUUUCUCUCUUUUCAACAUCUCUCUCUUUCUUCUAUUUUCUGUUUUUUUCUUCUCAUUUUCUUUGUUCUCCAUUACCUCUAUUUGUUUUCUUCUAUCUUUCUUUUUUCUUUCUUUCUUUUCUUUCUUUCUUUCUUUCUUUCUUUCUUUCUUUCUUUUUCGUAUUUUCUCUUUUCAACAUCUUUCUCUUUUCUCCUAUUUUCUGUUUUUUUCUUCUCAUUUUUCUUCGUUCUUCCAUUACCUCCUAUUUGUUUUUUCUUCUCUUCUACUUUUCUUUCUUUCUUUUUUUCUUUCUUUUUUCUUUCUUUUCUCUUUUCAACAUUUUCUCUUUUCUCCCUAUUUUCUGUUUUCUUCUCAUUUUCUUCGUUCUUCCAACCUCUAUUUGUUUUUAUCUCUUCUACUUUUCUUUCUUUCUUUCUUUCUUUCUUUCUUUCUUUCUUUUCUUUUCUUUUCUUUUCUUUCGUAUUUUCUCUUUUCAACAUCUUUUCUCUCUUUCUCCUAUUUUCUGUUUUCUUCUCAUUUUUCUUCGUUCUUCCAUUACCUCCAUUUGUUUUUCUUCUAUCUCUUCUACUUUUCUUUCUUUAUUUUUUUUUCUUUCUUUCUUUCUUUUUUCUUUCUUUUCUUUUUCUUUCUUUCUUUCGUUUUUUCUCUUUUCAACAUCUUUCUCUCUUUCUCCUAUUUUCUUUUUUUUUUUUCUCUCAUUUUUCUUCGUUCUUCCAUUACCUCUAUUUGUUUUUUCUUCUAUCUCUUCUUUUUUUUCUUUCUUUUUCUUUUUCUUUCUUUCUUUCUUUCUUUCUUUCUUUUAUUUUCUCUUUUCAACAUCUUUUCUCUUUCUCCUAUUUUUCUGUUUUCUUCUCAUUUUCUUCGUUCUUCCAUUACCUCUAUUUGUUUUUCUUCAUCUCUUCUCUUUUUAUUUCUUUCUUUUUUCUUUCUUUCUUUCUUUUUUUCUUUCUUUCGUAUUUUCUCUUUUCAACAUCUUUCUCUCUUUUCUCCUAUUUUCUGUUUUUCUUCUCAUUUUCUUCGUUCUUCCAUUACCUCUAUUUGUUUUCUUCUCUUCUUUUUUUCUUUCUUUCUUUCUUUCUUUCUUUUUUUUCUUUUCUUUCUUUCUUUCGUAUUUUCUCUUUUCAACAUCUUUCUCUCUUCUCUCCUUUCUGUUUUUCUUCUCAUUUUUCUUCAAUUCUUCCAUUACCUCUAUUUGUUUUUUUCUAUCUCUUCUACUUUUCUUUUCUUUCUUUCUUUUUUCUUUUCUUCCUUCCUUUCUUUCUUUCUUUCUUUUUUUCUUUCUUUCGUAUUUUCUCUUUUCAACAUCUUUCUCUCUUUCUCCCUAUUUUCUGUUUUUCUUCUCAUUUUUCUUCGUUCUUUCCAUUACCUCUUUUGUUUUUCUCUUCUCUUCUACUUUUUCUUUCUUUCUUUCUUUCUUUUCUUUCUUUCUUUCUUUCUUUCUUUCUUUCUUUCGUAUUUUCUCUUUUCAACAUCUUUUCUCUUUCUCCCUAUUUUCUGUUUUUUCUUCUCAUUUUUUCGUUCUUCCAUUACCUCUAUUUGUUUUUUUUCUUCUAUCUCUUCUACUUUCCUUUCUUUCUUUCUUUUUUCUUUUUUUUCUUUCUUUCGUAUUUUCUCUUUUUUCAACAUUUUCUCUUUUUCUCCUAUUUUCUGUUUUUUUUCUCAUUUUUCUUCGUUCUCCACUCUAUUCUUCUUUUCUCUUCUACUUUUUCUUUCUUUCUUUCUUUCUUCCUUCUUUCUUUCUUUCUUUCUUUCUUUCUUUCUUUUCUUUCGUAUUUUUCUCUUUUCAACAUCUUUCUCUUUUCUCCUAUUUUCUGUUUUUCUUCUCAUUUUCUUCGUUCUUCCAUUACCUCUAUUUGUUUUUCUUUAUCUUUACUUUUUCUUUCUUUUCUUUCUUUCUUUUUCUUUCUUUCUUUCUUUCUUUCUUUCUUUUCUUUCUUUCUUUCGUAUUUUCUUUUUCAACAUCUUUCUCUUUUCCCUAUUUUCUGUUUUUCUUCUCAUUUUUCUUCGUUCUUCCAUUACCUCUAUUUGUUUUUCUUCUAUCUCUUCUACUUUCUUUCUUUCUUUCUUUCUUUCUUUCUUUCUUUCUUUCUUUCUUUCUUUCGUAUUUUCUCUUUUCAACAUCUUUCUCUCUUUCUCCUAUUUUCUGUUUUUCUUCUCAUUUUUCUUCGUUCUUCCAUUACCUCUAUUUGUUUUUCUUCUAUCUCUUCUACUUUUUCUUUCUUUUUUUUUUUUCUUCCUUCCUUUCUUUCUUUCUUUCUUUCUUUUCUUUCUUUCUUUCUUUCUUCUAUUUUCUUUUUUCAUCUUUCUCUCUUUCUCCCUGUUUACUGUUUUUUUCUUUCUCAUUUUCUUCGUUCUUCCAUUCCUCUAUUUGUUUUCUUCUAUCUCUUCUACUUUUUCUUUCUUUUUUCUUUCUUUCUUUCUUUCUUUCUUUCUUUCGUAUUUCUCUUUUCAACAUCUUUCUCUCUUUCUCCUAUUUUCUGUUUUUUUCUUCUCAUUUUUCUUCGUUCAAUUUGUUUUUUUCUUCUAUCUCUUCUACUUUUCUUUCUUUCUUUCUUUUCUUUCUUUCUUUCUUUCUUUUCUUUCUUUCUUUCUUUCUUUUUCUCAUCUUUCUCUUUUUUUUCUCAUUUUUCUUCGUUCUCCAACCUGUUUUUCUUCUAUCUCUUCUACUUUUUUUUCUUUCUUUCUUUCUUUCUUUCUUUCUUUCUUUCUUUCUUUUUUUCGUAUUUUCUCUUUCAACAUUUUCUCUCUUUCUCCUAUUUUCCUCAUUUUCUUCGAAUUUGUUUUUCUUCUAUCUCUUCUCUUUCUUUUUCUUUCUUUCUUUCUUUCUUUCUUUCUUUCUUUCUUUCUUUCUUUUCGUAUUUUCUCUUUUCCACUCUCUUUCUCCUAUUUUUCUGUUUUUCUUCUCAUUUUCUUCGUUCUUCAUUACCUCUAUUUGUUUUUUCUUCUCUUCUACUUUUUUCUUUCUUUCUUUCUUUUCUUUCUUUUCUUUCUUUCUUUCUUUCAUAUUUCUCUUUUCAACAUCUUUCUCUCUUUCUCUCCCUUUUCUGUUUUUCUUCUCAUUUUCUUCGUUCUUCCAUUACCUCUAUUUGUUUUUUUUCUCUAUCUUUUUCUUUUUUUUUUCCGGCUUUCUUUCUCUUUCUUUCUUUCCGAUUUAAUUCUUCAUCUCUCUUCAUUCUUUCAUUUCACUUUGUUCUUCAUCCUCAAUUUCUUCUUCUUUCCUUUUUUUCUUUUUCUCUCACCUUGUUCUGUCUCUGUUUUAUUUCUCUCAGUUUUUCUUCUUUUCCCCCGCCUUCUUCCUCUCCUCGUCUUCCUCUCUUUACUUUUUCUUUCUCUAUUUUCUUCCUCUCUUUUCUUUUUUCUUCUCUUUGUUUUCUUUUAUAUUCCUCUUCUUUUUUCUUUGUCUUUCGUUACAUCUCUUUUUCUUUUUCAUUAACUCUUCAUGUUUUUUUCUCUUUUCUUUACUUUUCUUUUACUUUCCUUUUCAUGUAUGUGUUUACUUCUCUCUUAGAAUUUCCUUACACUUUCACUUUCUUUUUCGUAAACUUCAUUUACUUUUCUUUUUCCUUUUCACUAAAAUUCCACUCCUUUUCUCUUCAAUUUUCUUUACUUUUUGGUAUUUGCUUAUCUCUAAAAAAAAAAGAGAGUAAUUUUCUGAAAUUCCUUCUUUUUUCUUUUAUUCAAUUUUUCUUUCCUUUUUCUUUUCUUUUCAUUAAUUUCUCGUUCAUUUUCCUUGAAUGUCAUUUUCUCGUAUUUCUUCAAUUUUCUUCACUUUUCUGUGUCCAUUCUUUCCUUUCCAUUUCGCUAAAUAUUCUCUUACAUUCUCCUUGCUAG